GGUGAGUAAUUGUGAAUUAGCGCCAACUGUGGCCACUGUAACAAAUCUCAAUAAAAUGGAAGGAAGGAGGCGGGAACCGGCAAACAUUUAAACAUUUAAUAAAAGUAAUAUAACAGCCGGCGGCCCCUCACGGACGACCGCCGGCGAACAAAACAUAAUAUAAAUACAAACAUAACACAAGUUCGGGCCCGGUCCUCUCUCAUCGACGGUCCGGUCGCUCGUUCCUUUUAUGCUCCCAUCUCCUACGUGAUUCGAGCCCGGUGUGCGCACAGUUGGCGCUAAUUCACAAUUACUCACCGGACUCGAACCACGGUCUCGCCCCGCCUACUCUACUACAGCACAUAUACAGCAGCCAUAUUUCCAUUUAAACCUAUAUCAGCCUUGGCACCUGUUUCCAGGCCUUAACUUCUUUCUAAUGUCUGUCCAGCGCUGGAAAGAUUUUCCAAUAUAAAUGGGGGUCUUAUUACUUGUCUGAUCAUAACACUUAUAUUUACUUCUCUCUUUUGUAUUUUCUCCUUCAUCUCCCUUUCCAUAAUCUCAGGCAGACAGACAGCGUUUGUAGAGCUGGCCUCAAACCCUGGGUAAAAAAUAGCCUUUACCUAUUAAUUUUGAUGUUUUUAAUUAUAAAAUCAACUGAACAUCAAAAGUGGACCUCAUACAACAGUAUAAAACAAUAAACAAGGCCAGUUCGUCGCACCUUUAAAUUCAUGAAUUUUUUUCAUAAUGAUCUCUUCAUCUUCAACAGAAAGUGAAUUGCGCUGAUUCUCGCGAGGAGUCAAUCAAACUGAUGAUGCUUUCCGUGUUCCGUGUGAUUGGCUGUUUGCCGCAAGUCUCACACUUUCAGGUGCACAUGGCUCACAAACUCUUGAUCAAACCUGAGUUGACAGAGAACAUUUUACCAUUUGUCUGGUACAAACCAGACCAUUUGGUUUGGUCUGGUUUGGUCUACCAUUUUACCAAAACUUACUUUGCAACUCUGAGUUUGUUCACCUCGCUUCGUGAUACAGGCCACAGGGCAGACUGAAACACAGGGUAGAAAAAAGAGACAUUGAAGGAACGAACAAGCACAGGACAGCAAACACAAGGCUGAUGAACACUGGGGCAUUAAAUAGUGAAAACUAAUGAGAGAUAAUUACAAUGGGCAUUUGAGGGGAAUGAAACAGUAACGGACAGAUAGACGCAGAAAUUAGGGGGUGGGGCUAAGACUCCUGACAGGAGAACACAAGGCAAACAAAACAAAGGUUAUGUGCUUCCACACAUAAGACAACUAGCACAAAAUACAUGGUACUGUCACAACCCUGUCCACAAAACUAGACAAGACCUGACAAGGAGGACAUGAUCAUGACAGUUUCAGUAGUGUGUACCUCGCUACAUCACUUGACCUUUUUUAUGCCUAUAAAUAGAAACACAGCAUGUCUCAUUCGCUUCUCUGCUAACCAUGUUAUACAUUUGUAACUGAUAUGUCUCAUUGUAUUUAAAAGAGUUCUAGUAUUUGAAUAUCUACAUCAAGUAUUUAGAAUUGCUACUACACACAUGUGUAGGUAAAGGUUGUAAAAAAUGGUACAAUCUGAUUUUUAGUUUUAUUUUACAUAUGAAUAAUAAGUAGUUUUAGAACCAGGUCCCAGAAUGUUUAACAUGCAAGUACCUUUACCAAAAUCAAAUUACUGUAACUGCAAAUAUGUAGGGUGACAACAUUGAACUAUUUCCCAUUAUCUAAAAAAUUUACUAAUCUUAAGGUGUAUGAUUGAUUUUGAAAUGUUUAUCGUAUUACAUUUUUGUUUUAGUGUAUAAGGUACAUCAACAACACAGCUGGGUCUACAAGACUGCCAGGUAUUGUUGUUAAUAACAUUUAUUGCAAACAUCCUAUGUCUAGGUGUUAAAUGAAAGCAACAACAUCGACAAAGGCGGGAGAAAUCCAUUACAAAACUUAAGUGGAAAAAGAAAUACAAAUAUGCACAGAUCUUUAUUCCCAUUGCCCAACCCCAUUCAGGUGACAACGAUUGACUACAUAUCACCUUCCUCCAUUCGAUGUAUGGCCAGUACACAGACCGGUAGCAAAGCAGAGGGUCGUCACACAAUGAAAAAAUAUUAUGUAUGGUUUAAACCAUAUAUGACCUGCAAUUUAUUUACACAAACAACCACACAUUAAGAUAUCAAAACAAUAAGCUAAAUCAAUAAAUGGAAUAAAGAGGACUCGUUUAAAAAUAGACAAGGUAAUUUGAACACUCAAGAGUUAAGCCACGAAAGCCCAACCCUUGUGCAGCCCAUGCAUCCUGUAUUUAAAGCUUUUCACACAGUAGCUUGAACUGACUUCUCGCUGAAUGUGAUCAUAGUUUUAGAAGUGAAGUGUACUUGUUGCAUCUCAGUUAAGAAGAUGGCAGGCGUUGUGAGAUGCUGUGUACUAUUUAUGAUCGUCGGUUUUUGUAGCCACUCAUCACUAGCAUCAUUUGACACAGUUACGCCGUUAAUAGGAGAACGUGGGAAGAGCAUCAACAUCCCAUGUGCUACCAACAAAAGUCCUCAGGAUGGGGUGUACAUGAUAAGAAAAAAACUAAAUGAAGAAGAACAUCAGAAUAUCUUCUAUUAUUAUUUCAAAGAUAACAAGUUUACUAUUAAAAUAAAUAUCAGCGCGAGUAUAAAUAAAGAAGCCAUCCCCAACAUCACUGCCACCCUCAACAAUCUAACUGUCGCAGACACUGGAUACUACUGGUGUAGAUUUAAUCUUGAAGAAAAACAAACCGACAGCACAGCCACAUUUUUAUUUGUGACAGAAAUCAAAGAAGAAAUUAUUUAUGUUUGCAAUGAGAAAAUAGAACAUUGUCAAAAUGGGACGGUUUUCUAUGUGAUGAUAGCUCUGUUUGCCUUAACACUGUGCAUCCAUGGUUUCCUCUAUGUGAAGGUGAAAAGAAGACACGAGUACACUCCAUCAAAAAAGUCUCCAGACUCUUCAAUUUAUGAAGAAAUGACCAGAAACAGAGUGGAUACUUCAGCCACAUUAAUAAACUCUGCGUACCAAUCUACCAAGUAAUUCCCACAAACACCUGUGCUAGAUCAGGGUUUUAAUGAAACUUCCUUAAGCACAUGCAGAGAUAGCGUUUGUCUUACAUGUAUGAGAUCAUAGGUGGAAUUGUGUUCAUUUAAACUGCUUAUUAACAAAAUGGAAAAUGUGUCUAUAAGACACAGAAGACAUACAGUAGAAUGUGAAAAAAAAGAAUGUAAGUAUGGAAAUCGUUGUAUGUGUUCAUUCUUUCAAUCAUUGCAGAUUGGGAUAAAUAGAUAUUAGGUUCUAUUUAACUUUAUUUCAUUGGCUUUAAACGUGUACUCUGCACAAUAUCUAGUAUACAGUAUAAUGUAAAACAUUCAACAUUGAUUCAGAAGUGCAAAUAGAAACAUAUACUGCAUACAAAUAGUAUAAUGCUAAUAUACAUUGCAGAAACCUGGAUGAGAACAAUCAAAGUGGAAAUCGUUUGUUUGUUUGUCACAUGACAUAUGAGUCAAAUGUAGAUAUAGCUGUAGCAUUUGUUUUUGAUCUUGAUGUUUAUUUCUCAGCUUGAGUUUCCACUGUUACCCUGUUAUCUUACUGUGGGUCAGUAAACUGUGGCUGCUUUGCAAAGAAACUGCUGUCAUGUUUCCUUCCGUUUUUAACCAUUUAAACCCCUCAUUACUUUACUUACAAACAAUGUUAAGAGUUUAAUGUGCAAUACAGUAGAUGUGCAGAUACUGCAUCACUUUUCCCUUUUUAAAAGUUGCAUGUUUUUGAUGAUUGUUUUUGUAACCAGAAUGUUCUGAUAAUGUUUUUUAUAAUGUCUUUUCUCCAUGUUUAUUCAUUUGUAUUUUAUGAAUCGUAAUAUAGCAACUUUAUUGAUGCUUUGGUUUGACAAAAAAUGUAAAAACGUGUUAACAAUGUAACAAAAUCCAGUAGAUUUGCUCUUACCAACAAAUCCAUGUCACAAUUGUCACUUUUCACUUAAUGCCACAUCUCAAUAAAAUAAUUAUCGUU